CCAACUCUGAACACACAGAAAUCAGCAUGGCUUCGUUCUCUUUUGCUUCUGCUGCUCCCUUUCUUCUGCUUUCCAUCUUGGUCACCCUCUUCUCACCCUCAAACGGCGGCAGCAUUGUCGUAUAUUGGGGCCAGAACGGCGGGGAAGGCACCCUGGCAAGUACAUGUGCAACAGGCAAGUACGCCAUCGUCAACAUCGCCUUCCUCUCCGUGUUUGGCAAUGGACAGACGCCGCAGCUGAACCUUGCCGGCCACUGUAACCCCUCGAACAGCACCAACAACUGCACCAGCCUGAGCAGCGACAUCCUCUCCUGCCAAUCGCAAAACAUCAAGGUGCUGCUCUCCAUCGGGGGAGGAGUAGGGAGCUACGGCCUCUCCUCCAUUGCCGAUGCCAUCAAUGUCUCAAACUAUCUGUGGAACAACUUCCUUGGAGGAAAGUCCAGCAGCCGGCCGCUGGGCAGUGCGGUUCUUGACGGCAUUGAUUUCGACAUAGAGAAGGGCUCGUCACAGUACUACAGCAUCUUAGCCACGAGCCUGCGAGCACGGAGUUCCUGGAGGAGCAAGGUGUAUCUGAGUGCAGCUCCUCAGUGUCCAUUUCCUGAUGCUCAUCUUGGGCCUGCGCUCAGGCUUGGCCUGUUUGACUAUGUGUGGGUUCAGUUCUACAAUAACCCAUCCUGUGAGUACCCUUCAUUUCCAAGGAACAGGUGGGGGAACGGGAACCGGUUCUUCGUCUCAUGGACGAGAUGGACCUUCGGGAUCCCCGCUUUCAGGAUCUUCUUGGGGUUACCUGCCUCUCCUGCUGCUGCAUCGAGCGGGUUCAUCCCCAACACCACGCUCAUCAACAACGUGCUUCCGAGUUUGAAGGCAUAUCCACAGUAUGGAGGCAUCAUGUUGUGGAACAAAUACUAUGAUGACCAGUCGGGAUACAGCAGCUCCAUUAAGAACUAUGUCUAGUAAUUAAACGAGAGACGUUGCGUUAGAAAUAAGUGGCCGCCAUAGGCGGAGCUUGGAUGUAAUAAGAUGAUUUCUUCUCUCUCUGUGAUCUAUGUUUCAUGAAUGUGGUUGAGAGGAUUUUCCUUUCACUGUAAUAAAAGAUCUUCUGGUCUCUUAUCUUA